AUGUUGUCCCUGCCGCGACAGAUGCAGCUGUUCGUGCUGCUGGUCGCCGCUUCCUUGGCGGCGACGGCGAUGGCUGCUUCCAGUCCAAGCCACGAGAGCGCUCUGCCUUCGUACCACUACGGCGCCCCGAUUCGCGUAGAGUGCAUGAAUCGCAGCUCGGAAACGGGCGAACACGUCGAAAACGCACAGCACGAAAUCCAAUGGAUCCCCUUCCCGGUCUGCAACGAGACGAACGAGCCGCUCGAGUUCAACUACGGCAUCGAGGGCGAGCAGAACUGCACGAUCCCCAUGAUCAGCGACCCCUUCUUCCACCUGCUCGAAUUCUACAUCCACAACGACGCGCCGCUCUCGUGCCGCCUGCCGGCGCGGCCCGCCCCGCACGUCCAGGUAGUGGGCGAGAAGGCGCCGGAGCAGGAGUACAUACCGCUGGUGUUCGCGCUGGCGGGCACGCUGCAGCUGAGCCACAUGCACAUCAGCACGCACCUCAACGUGCUGCUGCACAGCACGCCCAAGCACCACGUGCACCCGCGCGACAGCGGCGUGCUCGACAGCGGCACCGCCUACAGCACGAGCCCGCUGACCCACCUCGAGGGGAGCGCGACCCGCCGCCUGGUCAUAGGGGACCCGCUGCCGCUCAGCUUCAGCGUGCGCUGGUUCCCCACCCCGGCCCUGCCCAAGGUCGCCGGCAAGGUCGAGUGGGCCGGCAUGGGCGGCCACAUCUACGCCAGCACCGUCUUCUACAGCCUUGUAUCGUUCUGCGCCGGCGGCUUGGUCUCGGCUGUUUACUUCUUUGGGUCGGUGAUGCCGAGGCGGCUGCGGGGGAGGGGUCUUGGCGGCGCGACGCCGCUCGGGUAUGGGAUGAACGGCGUGGGCAACGGAUGGGGGUACCAGAAGCGGGCGGUUGACUGA